AUGCAUCCAGAAUCACAAGCACAGCCACAUGGCUGGGCCUCCCUUGAGGAGAGGUAUGAGGUGAUGAAGGAGAUUGGUGACGGCAGCUUCGGCAGCGUCGCGCUUGCACGCGUACGAACUGCGGGAUCUCACAUCGCUCGUCGUGGUACUCUGGUCGCGAUCAAGACCAUGAAGAAGACUUUCGACUCGUUCUCGAGCUGUCUCGAGCUUCGGGAAGUUAUCUUCCUACGAUCACUACCACCACAUCCUCAUCUGGUUCCAGCCCUGGACAUCUUCCUGGACCCUUACAGCCGAAGGCUUCACAUUGCCAUGGAAUUCAUGGACGGUAAUCUGUACCAGCUCAUGAAGGCACGGGAUCACAAGCCAAUGGACGCGCACAGUGUAAAGAGCAUUUUGUUCCAGAUAAUGUCCGGACUGGAGCACAUUCACGACCGCGAGUUCUUCCACCGUGACAUCAAGCCAGAGAACAUCCUCGUCUCAACAUCGCAACAAAACGACACAUCCCACCCCUUCCGACGUUACUCAGCAAUGAUGACUCCUCCUUCAACACCCCCAGCCUAUACGAUCAAGAUUGCCGACUUUGGCCUAGCAAGGGAGACACACUCCAAGCUUCCAUACACAACCUACGUUUCCACCAGGUGGUACCGUGCGCCUGAAGUGCUCCUACGUGCUGGCCAAUACUCAGCACCCGUCGAUAUCUGGGCAGUGGGUGCUAUGGCUGUCGAGAUCGCAACCCUGAAGCCCCUCUUCCCUGGUGGAAACGAGGUUGACCAAGUCUGGAGAGUGUGCGAGAUCAUGGGCAGCCCUGGCGGUUGGGUCAACAAGCACGGCCAACGUGUCGGUGGCGGUGAGUGGAAAGAGGGCGUCAGGUUAGCGCAGAAGCUGGGCUUCUCAUUCCCCAAGAUGGCCCCACACUCAAUAGACACCAUUCUGCCAUCACCACAAUGGCCUGCUAGCUUGGCACAAUUCGUCACAUGGUGUCUGCUAUGGGACCCCCGCGCCAGGCCUACUUCUCGACAAGCUCUUGACCACGAGUACUUCCAAGACGCUGUUGAUCCUCUACGCCUUAAGUCUUCGUCGUCUCGAUUGUUGGGUCGCAAAGGAUCCGAAAUCUCUGGCAAGGACUCACCAGAUGCCUCGCCCAAACUCACAUCCAAGACCUCGUCAUGGCUUCGUCGAUCACUCGUCGCUCGUGAGAGUGCCCCAGCAGUCCCACAACACACCACACAGCAACCUUUGUCGCCUCGGCCAUCUCCAGCUCACGCGAAUUCUGAUGUGAGUGGGUCGACCAAGCAGCGCCCGGCUGCCACUAAGCGAGCUACGUGGACAAAUGGGGCUUCCAACAAUGGCGCGCCUAUCCCAAUCUUACCUUCCAUCAAGCCGAUCUCACCACUUUCGGCCGAAGUUACUGCACAAGCCACUGCAGCAAGCAAGGUCGGACGACAGCUCUCCGUCAAUUCACACGGCAAUCACUACGCGGAUGUGCACCGACAAGAGGCAGAGAGAGCCCUGAAUGGACAGUCGGAUGUGACAUCUCCUGUUAACGGCCAGAAAGAGGGGUUCUUCUCGCACCUACGCAAGCGCGCUCGACGCCUCUCAGGCCGUUAUCAGACUCCCAUGUCGCCAAACUCAGACGACAUCGAGGCCAAUGCCGGAUGCGCUCCAUGGGCGGCCACUAGCGCCAGGCAAUCCUUGAUCAUGGAUCAAUCACAAGGCGCCCAAUCAGCCUCCACUUCCGAUUUCUCUGAGCUAGACAAAGCACUGCAGCAUGUCAGAGACAGCGUGGAGGCACAUUCCCAACAGACUGCCUCAACUAGGAGCUCGCGUGUUGCAACGAACCCAAUGCUCAAGCGCCACCACUCAGUACCUCACGGUCCUGAGCCCCGAAACUCAGAGAACGGACCUAAUGCACCAAUCUCCUCUAGGACACGACGAGCGCUCCAGAACAAGUCUAACCCGUCAAAUCAGUACGAGGUUCCCAACGAAGAAGAAGAGUUGCUCAGCGAAGUUCUUGCAUCCGCAACAAAGGCUGCAAAGAAACUGGACCAGCCGAAACCUCAAGGUCCACGCCCCGCGGUGUCAUACCCGACUCCGUCUCCAUCACAGAACCGCAACAGUGUGGGGUUCGGACAAUCUGACUAUAUGACACCCAGCAAGCCUAUGGACAUUUCCCAACAUCAGAGCAAGAACGAGCAAUCUGUUUCCAAGUGGCCAACACCGCCCGAUGACGGUUCAGACUGGGCUUCAAGUGUGGCCGCCAGCCUUAUGGCAGCUCAAACCCGACACCGAUGA